AUGGCUAAUGUAGAAGAACAAGUACAAAUUCUUCAACGUCACCUAAAUGCUUUUCUUGAAAAAAGAACAGAAAUGAUCGAUUUUCUCAAUCACUGUGCUAAUACACUAGAUGAACACAAUAAGAAUGUUAAAAUUACCAAAGUGGUGACUGGUAGUAUCGGGAUAGGUGGUACACUCAUCAGUUUAGCAGGAAUAGCAUUUGCUGGUCCAACUGGCGGCUUAUCACUUGUACUCACCUUUGGUGGUGGUAUCUUGGCAACAGCAAGUGGUGCAGCUCAUUUGGGUUCCGAUCUUGUUGAACGUAUUUUAACGAAAACGCAUUUAAACAAGUUGGAUAGACUUUGUCAAACUGAUGAGGAAAAUUUUAUUCAGUUAAAUAAUUAUCUAAGGCAAUUUGUUACAAAUCUACGCAACAAUACAUUUCGUAAUUAUAUCUCCCCCAGCACGCAACGCAAUGCUUUUCAAGAAUUGGCAAGUUUAACUAAUUUAACAUAUUCAGUUGUUCGUAUCACCCGUGUAGCAUCAUCAACAGGCCGUUCAAUUCGUGUUUUUAGUGCUGCUUCAGCCAUUUUAGGUGAAAGAUGA